AUGGCGGAGCCUUCCAGACCGCAACUGCCGGGCUCUAUCAAAAAGCUCAAUCGAUUACUAGGAAGGCAGAAGCUGGGGGAAAUACCUGAGCACGAGCUGAAAGAGCAAUUUGUCAGAGGGUCUGGUCCCGGCGGUCAAGCCAUCAACAAGACCUCCUCGUCUGUCUCUCUCAUCCAUCUACCCACUGGGGUGCGGGUCCAGGCGCAACCGACACGAUCGAGAGAAGCGAAUCGCAAAGCGGCGCGGCGCAUCCUGGCCGAAAAGCUGGAUCUCAUGAUUGCGGUGGGGUCAUGGAGUCGAGAAGGACAGGCGAAGCCGGACAGUGUCGUCGCUGGAGAUGGGUCGCCAUUAUCCUCGGCUAAAUCAGAGGCAGAGACGAGCGUGCCCAGCAGGAAGGAGUCGAGGAGAGCAGAGGAAGUGGCAAUGGCGGAGCAGUGGUCCAGACAGGAGAUCCUGUGGGAAAAGGAGCGGCGAAGAAAGGCGAAUCGUGCCAAGAAGAGUAAGCGGAAGAAGAGGGACGGAGAGGCGGAUGAGGAUGACGCUUGA